AGUUCUUAAUUUUUAUCUCACUUAACUUCUACCGGCACCGAUAUUAAGACUUGUAGCGCCACUUUGUCUAUAUUUGUCCUUGAACGCCAUCUCACUUGGAAAGAAAAGUUCAAAACCCGAAGCUCCGGCUCCCUUUCUGCAAAGGGCACAGUGCAGUUGCAGUUUUGUUGUUGUUGUUGCUGUUCACUUCAGUUCCAAUAGUUACCUUUGAUGGGGUGGAGAGAGAAACUGUGGACGAAGACGAAAUGAUGGGAUCGAUUUUAUAGAUGUGGUAAAUGCUCUCCUCUGUAGCUCGGGCAGUCGAAGACCGCAAUGCUUAAAGCAUUGCGAAAGAAAUGUUUUCGAUUUCUUGAAAUGUUCCAGUGACGCAGCCUUCCGUGGAGGCGGGGCUUCUGUCCAACUCUGCCAGGCGAUUGGCCCAUCCCGCCUGUCGUGCUGCGGAGGUAUCUCUAAUCAUAUUCAGCGUGUUUGCACAAGAAAUGUCAGCCUGAACUGGAUAGCUUCUGCUUUCGCCAAAUUACCCCACAACAAUGUCAUGCUCAGACAGUCCGUCUGCAAACUCCUUUUUAGUAGAUUCUCUGAUCAGCGUGGGCCGUGGCGGGGAAGGAGCAUAUUACCCCAACAGCAGUGUAUACCUGCCGCCUGCCUCUGAGCUCUCUUACGGCACGCAGAACUGUGGACUUUUCCCAUCCCUCAGCAAACGCAGCGAGAACAACUCUCAGAGUAUGGUCCUGACUUCUCAUCCUUACAUGAGCGGGAUGGAGGUCUGGUCAGAGCCCCCAAGGUCCUGUCGCAUGGAGCAACCUGCAACCCAGCAAGUGGCAGCAUGUUCCUUCCCCCAGAAUAUCAAAGAGGAGAAUGCAUAUUGUUUGUAUGAUUCAGAGAAAUGCCCUAAAAGCUCAGCAGCAACAGAUCUUUCCACGUUCCCAAGGCUAACAUCAGAAUCGUGCUCCAAUAGUGACACUACUACUAGCGGCGGGGUUCCUGUCCCCGGCUAUUUCCGUCUGUCCCAAGCCUACCCGACAUCCAAACAGACACUUUAUAACAACACGGGGCAGGUUGGGACCUCUCCAUUUGUAGCCCAAUCCCAGAUCCGAUAUGGAACACCCCCUUCUUCAGCUUCGACCCCGACUGAGUUGGGGAGAAAAGGAAGUGAAGGGACAUCCCCUGGUCAUUUAACCUGCGGUUCGGAAAGAGAAGAGUCAGAAGCUCCGGCUUCUUCAGCGAACGAGGAGUCAUCUCCUGUCCCUUCAGAAAGCAGUAAACACUCUCCUGAGAAAGAAACAAAAGGGGAGGUGAAAGCUGAAAAUGGGGCCAACUGGCUGACUGCAAAGAGUGGCAGAAAAAAACGUUGUCCUUACACCAAACAUCAAACCCUGGAGCUGGAGAAAGAGUUUCUCUUCAACAUGUACCUGACUCGAGAGCGUCGCCUAGAGAUUAGCCGCAGCGUCCACCUGACUGACAGACAGGUCAAAAUCUGGUUUCAAAACCGCAGGAUGAAACUCAAGAAAAUGAACCGUGAGAACAGGAUUCGGGAGCUUACAGCUAACUUCAGCUUUUCAUGAUAAACGCAAACACUGGUUUACAGAUUUUAAAGGGACAUCGGGAAGCUGUGCUAGUGUCACUAAAAGACUAAAAACUUUUCCACUUACCUCUGACUCCUCAGCCUUGUGCUGGUUGUAGAUAUUUACGAUUUACGUGUUUUGUUUUAUUUGUGGCGGUAGUCUGUUUCUGUAACUAUAAUAAUGUAUUGCCACUGAUAAGUAAGGCAUGAACAGAAGUUAUCGCCCUGUAUGAUGAUUUUUCCAAACAACCGUGGGGGGAGGGGGACCUGACAACAAUCUUUUUAAUUGUGCUAAUUACCAAUUAUCAGCUAAGUAAAUCAAACUUUGUAAUGUCUGAAUACAGAUGACCCAUGCUGUUAAAAUAAUUCCAAAAUAAGUACCUACCGUAUACUGACAUGUUAAUAGAAGUUAAAUGUGAAUAUGCUGUAAAGUGUGUUGUUACGUAAAGAUAUCACAUACCAUAAACUGAAACAUCAGAUCACAUUUAAAUGUGAAACAUUGUUGCAAAGACAGAAGAGUUGAACGUCGGACCUUUUAUUCACUGCCGUUAUUUCACAUUUAGAAAAAAAAGAAUUGAUUCAUUUGGGUUUGCAAAGAUGAAAUGCUUUCACUUGAAGACUCAAAUACUGCUCAAUCCUAUUGCUGCUGCACUGUGUACGUUAACAAAACUUGUGUUUUCAUGAAAGAUGAAUAAACGUAUUUGGUCGGAGUGCUUUGA